GUUCAUUCCCUCCUCUCGACACUGCAACAACAACUCUCCUCUGUUUCUCCAUCCGCCACGCUGCUUUCGUGCGUUUGUUUCGCGAGAAAGUGAGAGAGAAAAGAUGCGGGGCGAAGAUUUGGAGAGCAGCCGAGCGAAGGACAGAGGCGAAAGCAGUUCCUCAACUUCGUACGCGAUCGAGGAAAGAGACAACCAAUGGACUUCGUGGCUGAUCCCUAUGUUCGUCGUGGCCAACGUCGCCAUGUUCGUUAUCACUAUGUUAAUCAACAAUUGCCCCAAGCACAAUCCGCGUUUCGAUGGGAAAUGCGUCGCGAGGUUUCUCGGCCGCUUCUCCUUCCAGCCGCUCAAGGAAAAUCCUCUAUUGGGGCCUUCUGCUUCGACAUUGGAGAAAUUGGGAGCUCUUGAAUGGAGGAAAGUAGUGCACAAGCACCAGGGAUGGAGGCUUAUUUCUUGUAUCUGGUUACAUGCUGGUGUUAUACAUCUCCUUGUUAACAUGCUGAGCCUGGUCAUAAUUGGCAUCCACCUUGAACAGCAGUUUGGCUUUGUUCGUAUUGGGGUAAUCUAUCUGUUAUCUGGAUUUGGUGGCAGUAUACUUUCUUCUCUGUUUAUUCAGAGAAGCAUCUCAGUUGGUGCUUCUGGUGCUCUUUUUGGCCUUCUUGGGGCGAUGCUUGCAGAGCUUAUUACCAACUGGACUAUAUAUACCAACAAGGCUGCAGCAAUCUUAACAAUCAUUUUCAUUGUAGCUAUCAACCUAGGUGUUGGCAUUCUGCCACAUGUUGAUAAUUAUGCCCAUAUUGGUGGCUUCUUGACCGGAUUCCUCCUUGGCUUUAUUUUGCUCCCUCGUCCUCAGUAUGGAUGGAUAAAUCGCCGUGAUCUUCCAGCUGGUGUUCGUUCAAGAUCUAGAUACAAGGCCUACCAGUAUGGGUUGGGGUUAGUUUCUCUGAUUCUGCUUGUUGCCGGGUUUACCGUGGGAUUGGUGAUGCUAUUCCGAGGAGAAAAUGCAAAUGAUCGUUGUCACUGGUGUCACUACCUCAACUGUGUGCCCACCAGUCGAUGGAAGUGCGAUGACAAUUAGGAAUUAGGGUAAGCUUUUACUGAAUCUGUCUCCUAUAUAUGGAUUCACCUGCCAUGCCAUCACUUGCCUGGGUUUCAUGUCCAGAUUUCUUAUAGUUCUGGUUGCUUGUAUCGCUCUUUUGAACUGUUAUUUAGGCAUCAAGGACACUGCAUUUACUGAGAGGGCAGUGGAUUAUUCUUGUAUAUGAAACAGACGUAAUAUAUUGGUUUGGCACCAGGCUUUUUAACA